UGUUGUUAUCUAAGUAUUUCGGUGUAUUUUAUCUUCAAAAACCAAUUUACAAAAAAAAAAGUUCAGCGUUGCUUAUGGAGGUCUAAGCUGCCUGUUUCCUUUCAAGAAGAAAAAUGUAGAUAAUAAACAAAAGCAAAAAUCCCACACCCAAAAACAAAAUAUAAAAAAAAAAGCCAAAUUUUAAGUUUUUAGUGGAGAGAAAAAGGUAUAACCAAUUAGUGCUUCUUGUGUUUCUUGUAGAAGGUAUUUUCUCUCCUUACCUUUUUUAUUUUUUUUUGUCGCCUUUUGUGUCUCAGAUUCUUUUUUAUUCAAGUCAAUUUGAUGAGAUUUUUUGUUUUUAGUUUUUAUUCAAGUCAGCUUGAUGGGAUUUUUUGUUUCUGGAAUUCGAUUUAGGGUUGAAUUUUCAAGAUUGAUAUGACAUUUUAUUUUGGUGUUUGUCCUUGUAUGCAACUUAGGGUUUCGAGCUGAAAUGAACCAAAUUUUUUUUUUUUUAAUAUCUGAAGUUUUCAUUGUAAGAUGAUGAGGAGUAAGUUAUUUUUUCACAUUUAAAUUUGGUAUGGGUUUUGGAUAAAGUGGAUUUUGAGUGAAGUGGGUUUUAAGUGAAAUCGCAAUGACAACAGAAUCAAGCACAGGGUUUCAAUAUGAAGAUAGUUUAAGUUAUAUUAUGAAUAGGCAUGCUAUAUGUUUCCAAUCCGCUGCUAUUAACAGUAGUUCCGAGAUGAUUCCGAUGAGUGGUUACUUCGCACCGCCGCCCAUGAUCUUCCCUGGGAAUUCCAGUAGUUUUACUACCUCCCCUGCCUUAAUCCAACCUAGGAAUUCCAGUAUUAUUACUACCUCCCCUGUCUUAAUCCAACCUGGAAACUCUUCUGGCUCCUCCCUCCUUGAUUCAGUUGCAGGGCUCGAGCAUGAUACAGGGCUGGCUGUCGAAUGGUCUGUAGAUGAACAAUACCUAUUGGAGGACGGCCUUGAAAAAAAUAAAGUUGAACCAAAUAUUAUGAAGUACAUAAAGAUUGCGGCUGCUUUGCCUGAUAAAACUGUACGUGAUGUUGCAUUGAGGUGUAGGUGGAUGCAAAGAAAGCGAAUGAAACCUGAAGAACUUAAUGCUGGAAAAAAGGUGAACAAUAGGAAGGAUAAGCUGGUUGGAUCAUCUUCAAAGAUGAAUAUGCCUUCAGCUCUGCCGCAAAACAUGGCUGCAUAUACUCACAUGAUGCACCAUCUGGACCAGAAUGAAAGGAUGCCUUCUAAAGGAAUAAGUGCUACAACUAUGCAUCUUUUGAUGCAAAAUGCUCAAGCUUUAAGUCAAAUCACAUCCAAUCUUUCUGCAUACAAGUUACAGGAUAACAUUGAUCUCUUUUGUCACACAAGGAGCAAUAUUACCGCCAUCCUAAAUGACAUGAGAGAGAUGCCAGGUUUAAUGAGCCAGAUGCCAGCAUUGCCUGUAUCUGUUAAUGAGGAUUUAGCAAAUAGCAUCUUGCCUGGUGCAACUAAUACCUUGCCUAGUGCAAUGCAGGAACUAGUUACCCCACUAGCAAUAGUUGGCCUGCAAAUGUUUGAGCAAAUCAGCAAUGAUUACUCAUUGAUCCACUCUACCACCUCAAUGAUUUUUGGCUCGCCAAGCGUGAUCCACCUCAAGCAGGAGCCAAGGUGCUAAUAGGGAACUGUCGGAGAUUGAGGUUGGAUAUAUCUGGUCUGUGUAAUUACAAAAAAUUUUCUACUGUAAAUGCGUAAGAAGCUGGUAGGAUCUUCUUCUUCCUCUUGUGUACUCAUGUACUCAUCACAUAUUGGGUGCCACAAUGGUAAAUUUGUAGAGAUCCCAUUUUUGGAACCUGAGAUGUUUACCCGCCAGGUAUCAAACCCAAGCACCAGAUAAUAAGAAUACUGACUGCUUAUUAUCUCAUGGCUCCUGGGAAAAAAAAAAUGCCAACAGAUUCAGCUGAAUUUUGCAUUGAGUUUGAUGUGUAUAAUUUAUAACUUGCAACACCUUUGAGUGGAUCCAUAUUUGGUGCUUGAUUUAUAACUACUUGUAGUUUGCUAUCUUCUUGUUGAGUAUUAAACCAAUUUGAAUGCUU